GUUCGGGAGGAUCCCCACUUUUACUUUCGAUAUCUAGGUCCUUGCAGCUGGCUGCAUUUGAGCUCGGCUGAAUCUUCCUACAGAGCGAUCCCCAAACAGGAGCCCCGAUGCCCGGACACGACCGCCCUUCGUCCCUUCUGUGAAUCCAUCCCCUCCAGAAACCCGAAGACCCAGAGACAGGCCUCCUGAAAUCACCCCAGGGAGAAUGUCCAGUUUCCAAGCCAUGUUGUAAACAGUGCUGCAAUUUGAGAACGAGAAGUACUCCUUAGAAGAGAAUAAGGAGGCUGUGGCUGAGGUAGAUAGCUGGGGAACCAUAGGUGUGAUGGAGAUUUUCAGUCCCUUAGUUUGUUUUCUCUCCAGUUACUUCAUUACCUUCAUCCUUCUCUUCAGAAUGCCAACAUUGACCUCAGGGCAGUUCUCAGUAAUUGGACCUGCAGAACCCAUCCAGGCCUCACUUGGGGGAGAAGCAGAGUUAACAUGUUACCUGUCCCCACCCCAGAGUGCUCAGCACAUGGAGGUGAUCUGGUUCCAAUCCACUCGCAUGGUACAUCUCUAUCAGGAUGGGCAAGAUAAGUUUGAAGACCAGGACCCUGAUUACCAAGGGCGGACAGAGCUGGUGAGAGAUGCUAUCACAAGUGGGAAUGUCACCCUAAAGAUACGGGAUGUGAAGUACUUGGAUGCAGGAUGGUACAAGUGUCUCAUUGAAGAUGAUUUUCACCAAGAGGAAGCUGACAUGGAGCUAAAGGUCUUAAGUGAAGAAUCUGAGCCAAAGAUUUCGACAACAUAUUUAUGGAUCUUCCUGUUUCUGGUGUCUUUAAUUCUAUUAUUGCUUAUUCUAAUGCAAGUAUGUUUUUCCAGGUCAGUUCCCUGGAUGAAAUACAUUAAUAGGAGCCUGAUUCUGAUAUAUACAUUGGAAUUUGAAAUGAUCAUUUGUGUCAUCUGGAUACAGCAGAGAUGUGUAGGGUUUCUUUAUAAGGAAUCAGCAUUGGAAAAUCCUGUAGUUUGGGGAGUUUACUUUCUUCUGUUGCUUAUAAACUUAUGUGCCACGUUCCUGCAAAGAAAAAUGCUGCCUCAACACAGCUACCACCACAGGAUCCAAGCAAUCUCCAGAACUUAAGGAAACCGAAGGUAAUGAAAGCAUUGAAUAGAAGCUCAAAAAAGCAUCAUCAUCAAGUGGUGAGAAGGAUAUUGCAUGAGAUUACUUCAGGGAAAAAUCUGCAAACUUCAUCUUCCUACUCAGCAUCACAGAGUCAAAAUAAAUUCAAAAUUAGCUCUUCAAAUAAAUAUUUAUAUCAAGUCAAAAUCUCAUUGAGAAACAAGAGUAUGGAUGCCUGCCUCCUCUUA